AUGGCUCCAGCUGUAGAAAAUCGUCCCCUGCUUUUGGUAUUUUCUGAUGCACUAUAUGUACACAAGCUUGCUGCUGCUUAUGAGUGCCAAAUUGUAGAAGGAAUUCUUAACCAUCAACUGAAGCAGUUUGUGGUAGAUAGAGAACCUUUAGGUGUUUGGAGUGAUGCUAGUAAGGUUUAUGAAAUUCCCCUUGGGGCAACAAUUAUCGAGCAGUCAUUGGAAAUUGGAGGGUAUGGCCCUAGUUACUUGAAUGGGUUUUUUGAUCAGGCAUGGAGGGAAGGAAUGGCGCGUAAGCUGUUUGACGAAACGCCUGAUGGGACUUUGGCUAUUUACCUUAGCAAAUAG